UGUCUGCUCAGGCACACUGCUCUGGAUGGCUGUGCACAGCACAGCCAUCCAGAGCAGUGUGCUUACAGUGAAGCACCAACACACCCAGCACACAGGUAACCCUUUGAUCGCCCCCUCAUGUUAACCCCUUCCUGCCCAGUGCCAUUAGUACAGUGUCAGUGCUUUUUUUAGCACUGAUCACUGUAUUGAUGACACUGGGAAUGUCAGUGACACAAAGUCAGUUCUCUCCAGUGUCAGAAUGCCCGCCGCAGUCCUGCUAUAAGUCACUGAUUCUCCCCAUUUUAGUACAAAAAAAAAUUCCAGUAUCUAUACCGCCAUUUGUAAACGCUAUAACUUUCAUGUAAACCAACUAAUUUA